UCACAAAAAUUGAGUGUGCACAACACAACAGAGUGGUAAACAAAAGCAGGGGUUUUAAUGGAGAAAAUAUGGAGCCGCCGUGGUGGGUUGUUGAGCUUAUCAUCCACAGCUGCCAAUCUCUUGUUCAGGUCAAAUCUGAGUACUUCCACUAGUACUGUAACUAAAGCUGCAUCAGCGGAGGCUACCAAGCCAAAGAGGAAGAAGAAGAAUAAGAAAAAUCUGUUCGAGGUGGCUCAGUUUUUACCCAAUUGGGGUAUUGGUUAUCAUUUGGCUAAGUCUCAUUGGAAUGGCGUUUCUUAUCAGAUCACCAAGCUUAAUCUUUAUAAAGACGGAAAGCACGGGAAGGCCUGGGGAAUUGUUCAUAAGGAUGGUUUGCCACCUGCAGAUGCUCCAAAGAAAAUAAGUGGGGUGCACAAGCGCUGCUGGAAAUAUAUUCCAAACUUGCCUAAAACAGAAGAAGUCACCCAGAAACCUGAAACUCAAGUAGCUUGACUGCAUUUGGCUAAUUGUCAGGAAGUUAUGCUUUGGUUUUCUAUAAAUCUGGCCAUCUUAUUUUUGCCAUUUUAGCAGGAAGGUCAAUGCUAUCUAGUUUCUACGAUAUAUGGCAUGUAUUGUUUGUUUUUAGGUGCUAUUCAUGAGCUUUUAGCCAAGUGAAAUAGCAAGUUUAGAAAUGGAGUUAUUGCUACAUGGCUUAAUGAUUAUGCUGUUUUGCAUCUAAAAAAUUUAGUAUGCCCCUUAGUGCGAAUUGUUUAAUUCGUAUCAGUUAUACAAAUGAAUUGAAGUGACUUGUUGAUCUUUAA